CAACCCAAAGUUUGUGACGAAUGUCACUUGUAAGUUGAAGCCUAUUAAUUGGCACAGGUCGGUGGUGAAUAUGUCAUGUUUUUUGCGACAAAAACUCUAUCCCACUAUUCAGAUGCAAAUUUUUAAGAAGGACUAUACCAACCAGUUUAAGCCAUUUCUGAUCGACGUGAAGGUCAAAUUUUGCGAUGUGGUUCAAAAGAAAAGCUACUUCACCUACGGCGUUAUCUUCUGGAAAAUUAUAAAAAAGUUUGCUGUAAUAAAACACGUCUGCCCGUUCUAUGAGGACUUAUUAGUUCCGCAAGGCUACUUAGAAACCGAGCUAUUACCACCAUUUCCCAAAGGAGUUUUUCUAUCUAGUCUCACAUUUUGGAGCAAUGCAACUAUACCCGAAAAUUGGGGCACAGUAAAGAUCUCCAUUGAAGCGAAGGAUAUGGUAAAGACCAAGAAGAAUUCAGGAUUAUAGGAGAUAUUAUAUAAUUACAAGUAA